GCGUUUGCGUAAUGCCGCACUGGGCGUGAGCUCACAGGAAAACGACAUCGUCCCGAGCCAAUCAGGAGCUUCAACCGCUGCUCGCGACCAACCGGCGCAGCGGGUGGACGGGCACUGCAAAGCUCGCGGUGUUCUGUUGAAUUCCAUUGCCGACCAUUAAAAGAACUGGGGAUUGAGUGGGGAAGAGAGCGAGAGCUGCGCGAGACAGAAGGCGAUAUUUAAAGAGACAGAGAAAUUAAUAAGACGGAUUUGGAAAAGGAGUCGUCGCGCAGCGUUGCAAGCGUGGAUUUCCACUGGUUGGACCCUUUCCCUCCCCCCCCAAAUUGGAAAGGCUCUCAAGAAAGAAAGCGCAGACCCUUCGCUCUUGCGUUGUAUUAUUUAGAAAAAGGAAAAGGCUCCUCAUUCCACUCGACUGGAUGUUGUUUCUGUCAUGAGUCCGGCCGGGUGCUCCCAUGUGAACAGCUUUAAGGUGGAGAACUGGAGACAGAACCUCAAAGUCAUCUACCAGUGCUUUGUGUGGAGCGGGACCGCAGAAACCAGGAAACGAAAGGUGCUUCACAAAGAGGCGGGAUGGACGUCAGCGGCCAAGUCUUGUAUAUGUCACAUGUGUGGUGCCCACCUGAACCGACUCCAUUCCUGCCUCUACUGUGUCUUCUUCGGCUGCUUUACAAAGAAGCACAUUCAUGAGCAUGCGAAAAACAAGCGGCACAACUUAGCCAUUGACCUCUUAUAUGGGGGCAUCUACUGUUUUGUGUGUCAGGAUUACAUUUACGACAAAGACAUGGAGCAGAUUGCCAAAGAAGAACAACGCAAAGCCUGGAAGCUGCAAGGGGUCGGGGAGAAGUACUCGACGUGGGAGCCCACCAAACGAGAACUGGAGUUGCUGCGACACAACCCUAAACGGAGGAAAAUUACUACAAAUUGCACCAUAGGUCUUCGAGGCUUAAUAAACCUAGGGAACACAUGCUUUAUGAAUUGUAUCGUCCAGGCACUUACCCACACUCCUCUCCUGCGGGACUUCUUCCUCUCCGACCGACACAAAUGUGAAAUGCAGUCCAACUCCUGCCUGGUGUGUGAAAUGUCGCAGCUCUUUCAGGAGUUUUACUCUGGACAUCGAUCUCCUCACAUUCCCUUUAGGUUGUUGCACUUGGUGUGGACGCACGCACGGCAUCUAGCAGGGUACGAGCAGCAGGACGCCCACGAGUUCCUCAUUGCCGCACUCGACGUAUUGCACAGACACUGCAAAGGUGAUGACAAUGGAAAAAAGGCCAACAACCCGAACCACUGUAACUGCAUCAUUGACCAAAUCUUCACGGGUGGGCUGCAGUCCGAUGUCACCUGUCAAGUCUGCCACGGUGUUUCCACAACUAUAGACCCCUUCUGGGACAUAAGCUUGGACCUGCCCGGCUCCUCGACGCCCUUCUGGCCUCUUAGUCCUGGCAGCGAAGGGGGUGUCGUGAACGGUGAAAGCCACGUGUCCGGAACCACUACGCUCACAGACUGUCUACGCAGGUUUACGCGACCAGAGCAUCUAGGAAGCAGUGCCAAAAUCAAAUGUAGUGGUUGCCAUAGUUACCAGGAGUCCACCAAACAGCUCACAAUGAAGAAAUUACCCAUAGUGGCCUGUUUUCAUCUCAAACGGUUUGAACACUCUGCAAAGUUACGACGGAAGAUCACUACAUACGUUUCGUUUCCUCUGGAGUUAGACAUGACACCGUUCAUGGCUUCCAGUAAAGAAAGCCGAAUGAACGGCCAGUAUCAGCAGCCAGUCGACACUUUAAACAACGACAACAAGUACUCCUUGUUUGCUGUAGUCAACCAUCAGGGAACGCUGGAGAGCGGCCAUUACACCAGCUUCAUCCGCCAACACAAGGACCAGUGGUUUAAAUGUGACGACGCCAUCAUCACCAAGGCUAGCAUCAAGGACGUCUUAGAUAGCGAAGGGUACCUGCUGUUUUACCACAAACAGUUCCUCGAGUACGAGUAGCCUUACGGGGGGCUUUCAAAUCGACACACAGACCUACCUGAAACUCUGGAAGAGAAAUUGAAAAAAAAACAAUUCAGUCAGCACUGAGCUACCAGAACCUUCUUGACACUGACUUUGGUCGACGGAGCGACAAACGAAUGAGGACGAGGAACGCGGGGGACGCCGGCGGGGUGAAGACGGGACCCCUGAGACGCUGCAGCCAAAUGCAUGAGCAGUCGGAAAGGGUCAAAGUCACCUUCACAGCUCACCAGAUCCACUGCCAAGGGGAGUAAGGCAAAGCCAGUGGGCGGGCGGGCAGGCAGGCGGGCGGGUGGGCAUUCGGCGGGUGGGCAAGCGAGCACAUCUCAUGAGUGUUGUGGUUUGGUUGUUCUUUUUUGUUUUCUUUUGUGUCCCCCUUUCCUCUUCACUCCCUUCUGUGCUUGAACUCCAACAGCUGGCGCGGUGAGCGAGGAUGAGGAGGAGGAGGAGGAGGCCUCGGUAGUGUGGGGUGGGCGGGGCUUCACUCAAGCCCUCCAAUUGGACUUGAGGAGGUUUUUUUGUUUUUGUUUUUUUGCUGUUGAGACCCCGCGGCAUGCUGGGUGGCUUUUCGACGAGGGGGUGGACGGCUGCUAGACGGGUCGGUGGGCCCCUCGCUCGCUCACUCACUCGCCUGCCCGCCAUUGUGGGUUCAGGUGGGGUUCUCUCUCUCUCUUUUUUUGUUGUUUUUAAGAUUUUUUUUUUCUUUUCCCCAUUUGCGCCACAAGUGCAGUGCGACGCAUUCAUGGAUUCCUGUUGCCCCCCACACCCCCCCCUAAGGACUGUGCUCUCAUAGUUUCAACUGCAAUGAAUUGGCAUUGUGAUUUAUUGUGGAAGUUCAUCUUUGCUGUUAAGCUGGAAUUAGAUCUCACUUGGUUGUGUUUAUAUAAAAAAAACAAAAAAGC